AUGCUGCCCUCCGAUGGAACUUUAGCGCGAGUUGUAAUGCUUGUGGGCCUGCUGAUAUUCCCCCUUCUCGUACUCACUCAGAAACUGCGAAUGAUGAACGCAGAAAGGUUUGAGGGCUACGCUGCCGCCUGUACACUGGAACUGAGCUACGAGAACCCACGGAAUCUGGCCCAGACAUCCAGUUGUGAUGUGUUUCCACAUGAACGCAAGUGCGACGUCUACUUCAAAAUCUGCAUGUCAACCCCUGGCACUGAAGAUUGUGACGUCUACCGUCAUACAACUGAGGUGUUCUUCGAGCGCAGCAGUGUGAACAUGAUCGGUGAGAAGGCAGUCAUCGCUUUCCUGUCUGAACCCGUUCCGGUAAGUCGUGCACAUACAUUUACAUGCAAUAUACCCAACUUGAAAAGUGUUACAGAUUAG